AUGACUUCAACAAGAAAAACACAAAAUGUUUUUGCUCAUAGUCCUUCAUUACAAAUUCUUUGGAAAUGUGCUGGCCAACGACGUUUAGUAACUAAAACAUUAAUUAAUUCACCUAAUUUCAAAACUAUUUAUACUGAUGUUCUGCAAUAUAUUAAUUCGAAAAAUCGUCGUCGUUCACCAUUAGCACUUAUUCUUGAUAGUCAUCUUAUGCUUGGUCUUGUUUAUGUUUAUUCUAAAAGUGUCAUUCUAUGGCAUCAGGAUGUAGAAAAAUUAUACAAAGAUGCUAUUGUACAUCGAUUUUUUGAAUUUGAUGAUCCAACAAAAGUAAAAUUAACACGUAAAAAAGAAGCGGUUUUAACUACUACACAAUGGCAAAUUGAUAUUGAUGAAAAUCUAUUACCAGACGAAAGAAUAUUAUUAGAAAGAGAUUUUUCAAUUGAAAUUCCACGUCAAGUAACACCACCACAAGUUGUUCAAUCACCUGAUAAUUUACCACCACUUCCAUGGGAAGUUUCUAAACCAACUCAUGGAAAACGUAUUACAUUGUUACCUGAUAUUGAAGAGCCAAUGCCAAAAUUUGAUAUAAUUGAUGAUCGUUUUGGUGAACCAUUACCAGUUCCACCAACAACAGCAAUGGAUAUUGAUGAACGUUAUGAUCGAACAUUUUUUCGUACUUCAUCUGAAGAUCGAAGUAAAGAAUUACUUCAAGCACCACGAGCUGAUCGACAUAUAGGUGCAACUGAUCGAUAUAUACAUCCAAGUAAAGAUCGUACUAUUGAUGAAAAUUUUCCACCACGUGACGUAUUAUCUGAUUUGCCACCAUUACUAAUGCCACUUAUGGAUACAACAGUAGCACCUAUGGAAUCUGAACCUAUAACACGUGAUCAAUUUUCUAUUGAUGCACUUGCUUUUAUAACAAGUGCUAUUGAUACAUAUCCAAUAUAUGAUUCAAUACCAACAAAAACUAUUUUACUUGGUGCUGAUUGUAUUUCGACUAGUAAUGAUGUUCCUUUAAUUUUUGUUCAAGAACCAACAGUAAUUGGUGCAGAUGAAGUACCUAUUCCAAUGGAUACAUUACCUCCAUUAGAUCAACAAUUACCACAUGAAGUGCCAAGAAGAUCAGGUAUUGAUGCUCAAGUACCUGAUGUAAUGAUGGUAUCAUCUGAUGGAAAAGAAUAUUUUCGUGUUUCAAAAAAGAAACGUAAUGCACCCAAUGCAUUAAAUAAAAAACGAAAGAAUACGAAGCUUUAUGAAGAUAUUGUUGAUUUUAAUUAUGAUAUAUUAAAAGUAAUUGAAGAAGAAGAAGAUGAAGAAUUUGAAAAAAAUAAACAAAAACAACAACCAUGGUCAACAUUAAUUGGUCGAAAUGGAACGAAACGAAUGAAGAAAUUAUUGGAUAAAGCUAAAAUUGCAAUGACUAAUACUGAUCUUGAUGCAAUUAUUGGUGAUAUUACAAAUAUAGCAAACAUAUUAAUCGAUCCAAAUGAGUCUGGAAAUCUUGCCGAAGUACGUCGUACAGGACAAGAAAUGGCAAUUCGACGAGGUCAAUCAAGUGGUCUUUUACCUAGAGCAGAUACUCGUCCAUCGAUUGUACCAAUGAUAGAAGAUCGUAUAUCACAAUUACCAGCACCAACAAGUGAUGGUGGUAUUCUUCCACCAUUACCAAGUGGUUUCGAUGAUCUUCCAUUAGUACCACCAGUACCAUUUGAAUCAUUAGUUGAUAAUCGACAACCACUUUCACCAUUACAAACAAAACGUCGAGGACGAACAACAAUUACAUCACCUGUUGAACCAUCACCAACGUGGCAAGAGAAACAAAAACAAAAAGCCAUUGAAGAUAUUCUCAAUGUUGCUGAUAAUUCUAAUGGUGGUUCAUUUAAUCAAUUACUUAAACGAUCAGAUAUAAAUCGAAUUUUAGCAGCGCGUCAUUUUAAUGUAUUACUUGUACUUUGUGGUGAAGGACGAGUAAAAGUUAAUCAACAAGAACCAUAUGGAAAAAUAAAUAUUUUUAUUAAUGAUCAAUAUAAUGCAAUGAAACAAAUUGUACCUAAUUUACAAAAUGUAUCAUAUUCAGAAACAAUGGAAAGUGAUGAUAGUCGUUUUUAA